AUGGCCGUGUGCGGGGCUGUCGCGCAGAUCAGAGCGUUAGCGGAGCCGAAUCGACGGCGAAGUGCCUUCCGUCUCAUCGCGCGCCAUGCCUCGCCUUCUCCCGCCAACUCUCCACCUCGCGCCGCUCCUCGCAGCAGUCGCCGCGCGUUGGUGAGUGUAGCAGUGGGGGCGCCUCUGGCGGGGCGGGAGUGCGUGAACGACUUCCCCCGGCGCGCGCUGUGCAAGUUCGUGGACGAUCUGCGCGACGCCAUUCCCGAGCAGAUCGACGCCUCCACGGGCGCGCCCAUCCGCAUCGGCGCCUACCAGAUCCGCCAGGCCAGCCCCCCCCUCCGCCCUCUGCUUCCGAUCCCCGCUCCCGCUUUCAUUUACUCACGUCCCCUCACUUGCAUCCGUUCAGCCAACCCCCCCAAGCUGCACCGCGACCUGCCGCCCACGAAGCUGUACGCGUACGGCCGCAGCGCUGCCACGGCGCACUACCCCGGCCCCACGCUCGUCGCCAAGCGCGGCGUGCCCUCCCAGGUGUACUGGGAGAACCACCUGACGGACCGCCACCACAUGUUCCCCGUCGACUACUCCAUUGACGACGUCGCCCGCCCGCUGCUGGGCGGCAUCCCCAUCGGUGAGCCGCGCUGCUUCCCCAAUAGGUUAAUUCAUUCACAUGCUCACACUUCCCUAACGCUCUCUAUUCCUCUCCCCAUCAUGCUCCCUAAUCUGUUCACAUGCCCAUGCUCUCAUCACGCCCUUCUUCCUCUCGCGCUCCUUCUCCGCAGUGACGCACAGGCACGGAGGGGAGAAUCCAUCAUUCGCGGACGGCACCCCGAGGCGUGGUUCAUGCAGUACAGCGAGGUGGGGCGCGCCUUCCGCACGCGGCUGUACCGCUACCCGAACCACCAGCUGCCCACCACGCUGUGGUACCACGACCACGCCGUCGGCCUCACACACCUCAACGUCGCUGCCGGCCUCGCCGACUUCUUCCUCCUCACCGACCUGCUCGGCGUCGAGAGGGCCCUCGCCUGGCUGCCCCGGGGGGAGUUUGAAGUGCCGCUGGCCCUGGCGGACCGGCGCUUCUUCCCCAACGGGUCCAUUGACUGCCCGCGGCAGGGCAUGGUGCCGCGAGUGCACGCGCACUGGGUGCCGGAGUACAUCGGUGACACCAUCCUCGUCACCGGCAAGGUGUGGCGGUAUCUGAGCGUGAAGAGGGCGCUGUACCGCUUCCGGGUGCUGGGGGUGGCCAACGCACGCUUCUUCAAUCUGCGCUUUGUCUGUGCCACCUCGCGCAACUACACCAACUUCACUCCGCCUUUCACCGGGGACCAGUUGCCCAUCACCGUGGUGCGUCUGCACAACUCGUUCUCAUUCAACUGCACCACUCCGCACCCCUCCACCAACCCCUGCACCUCACCGACUCCUUCCCUUGGUGCACCUCCCCUCCGUCAGAUCGGGUCGGACGGGGGCUACCUGCCACGGCCGGCAGUGCGCACAGCACUGGUGGUGGCGCCGGCGGAGCGGUACGACAUCCUCGUUGACUUCUCCAACCUGCGCUCCUCCUGUGCUGACGUCAUCCUCACCAACGACGCCCCGGCGCCCUUCCCUGGGGCCGACCUCUCGUCAUCACUUGUCGUUCCGUGUGCGUGUGUCCUCCCGCUGCAGGCGGUGCCCCCCAUGGACUUGUCGCAGGUGGUGCUGGAGCGGUGGAUCACAGCCGUUGAAGAGUCCGACCGCGCCACCGGCAAUCCCAUCCGCCUCACAUUCGACCACAAGAUGUACUCCCACCCGCCCACUGAGACACCCCGCGUGAACUCAGACGAGCUGUGGCAUGUGAUCAACCUCACGCCCGACGCGCACCCCAUCCACCUGCACCUCAUUCAGCACCGCCCCGCCUCGCGCCGCCCCUUCGACCUCGCCGCCUACAACAGUGGCGCCUGCUCCUUCACCAAUGCCUUGCUGCCCUCGUGCUUCAGUGCCGCCCAGCAGCCAGUGGUGGUGUAUGAGCGCGGGUGGAAGGACACCACCAUCCUGCCGCCCGGCCAUGUGCUCACCCUCUGGACGCCCUGGUACUCCCAGGAUGGCACGCCCUUCCCCUUUGACGCCACACGUGGCCCGGGGUAUGUGUGGCACUGCCACAUCGUGGAGCACGAGGAAAACAUGAUGAUGCGCCCCCUCAUCGUCACCCAGUGA